CGCGGCGGCGGAGCGGAGCGGUGAGCGGCGGCAGCAUGCGGCGGCCGGGGGAUGUCUGAGGCGGGCGGUGCGGCGGCGGCCGCGCUGCCCCGGCGCCGCUCCGGAGGCAUGCGGGCGGCCUGGGGCUCCGUCUGGUGCCUGUGCCUGGCGGCGGCCGUCGGCGGGAUGCCGGCGGCGCGGCGGCAAGGAGGCAAGGCGGCGGCGGCGGCGAGGAGCGGCGGGCAGCCGGCAGAAUACUUGAGGAGUGAGACCGCCUUUCUGGAAGAGUUGGUGUUUGGAAAUGGAGAUACCAUUGAACUUUCCUGUAACACCCAAGGCUCUUCUGUGUCUGUUUUCUGGUUUAAAGAUGGUAUUGGAAUUGCACCUACCAACAGAACUCAUAUUGGACAAAAACUGUUGAAGAUAAUCAAUGUGUCAUAUGAUGACUCAGGGCUGUACAGUUGCAAGCCAAGGCAUUCCAACGAGGUCCUGGGAAACUUUACAGUCAGAGUUACAGAUUCCCCUUCAUCAGGUGAUGAUGAGGAUGACGAUGAUGAGUCAGAAGAUACAGGUGUCCCCUUCUGGACCCGGCCAGAUAAGAUGGAGAAGAAGCUGCUGGCAGUUCCCGCCGCCAACACCGUUCGCUUCCGAUGUCCGGCGGGUGGAAACCCAACUCCUUCCAUCUACUGGCUGAAAAAUGGCAAGGAGUUCAAAGGGGAGCACAGGAUUGGGGGCAUUAAGCUGCGACACCAGCAGUGGAGCCUGGUGAUGGAGAGUGUUGUGCCAUCAGAUCGGGGCAAUUACACCUGUGUCGUGGAGAACAAAUACGGCAACAUUAGGCACACGUACCAGCUUGAUGUGUUAGAAAGGUCACCCCACCGACCAAUCCUGCAAGCAGGGCUCCCUGCCAACCAGACUGUGGUGGUGGGGAGCAAUGUGGAGUUUCACUGCAAGGUCUACAGUGAUGCCCAGCCUCACAUCCAGUGGCUGAAACACGUGGAAGUCAAUGGCAGCAAAUAUGGACCCGAUGGGACCCCGUAUGUCACAGUGCUGAAGACGGCAGGUGUUAACACAACGGAUAAGGAGCUAGAGAUUCUGUACUUGCGAAAUGUAACUUUUGAGGAUGCUGGGGAAUAUACUUGUCUCGCAGGGAAUUCUAUUGGGUUCUCACAUCACUCUGCUUGGCUGACGGUGCUACCAGCUGAGGAGCUCAUGGAGAUGGAUGAUUCGGGCUCAGUGUACACUGGCAUUCUCAGUUAUGGCACUGGCUUUUUCCUCCUUCUCCUGGUGCUGGUCUUGGUGAUUGUCUGGAGGAUGAAAAUGCCAAACAAAAAAGCCAUGAACACCCCCACUGUUCAGAAAGUCUCCAAAUUCCCACUCAAGAGACAGCAGGUGUCGCUGGAGUCCAACUCUUCCAUGAAUUCCAACACGCCCCUGGUCCGGAUCACGCGCCUCUCCUCCAGCGAUGGGCCAAUGCUGGCCAACGUUUCCGAGCUGGAGCUGCCCCCAGAUCCCAAGUGGGAAUUGACACGUUCUCGCCUGACCCUGGGGAAGCCGCUUGGCGAGGGGUGUUUCGGCCAAGUGGUGAUGGCAGAAGCGAUUGGGAUUGAUAAGGACAAGCCAAACAAGGCCAUCACAGUUGCUGUCAAGAUGUUAAAAGAUGAUGCCACAGACAAAGACCUUUCUGACCUGGUGUCUGAGAUGGAAAUGAUGAAAAUGAUUGGGAAGCACAAAAACAUCAUUAACCUCCUCGGUGCCUGCACACAGGAUGGACCACUGUAUGUGCUGGUGGAAUACGCGUCAAAGGGGAACUUGCGGGAAUACCUCAGGGCACGUCGCCCACCUGGCAUGGACUAUUCCUUUGACACCUGCAAGCUGCCCGAGGAGCAGCUGACCUUUAAGGACCUGGUUUCCUGUGCCUACCAGGUGGCACGGGGCAUGGAGUACUUGGCAUCUCAGAAAUGCAUUCAUCGCGACUUGGCAGCCAGGAACGUGUUAGUCACUGAAGAUAAUGUGAUGAAAAUAGCUGAUUUUGGCCUCGCUAGAGACGUUCACAACAUUGACUAUUACAAGAAAACCACCAAUGGUCGGCUGCCUGUGAAAUGGAUGGCUCCAGAAGCCUUGUUUGACCGGGUCUAUACUCACCAGAGCGAUGUCUGGUCUUUUGGAGUGCUACUAUGGGAGAUCUUCACUUUGGGAGGGUCACCAUACCCUGGAAUUCCCGUUGAGGAGCUCUUCAAGCUCUUGAAGGAAGGCCAUCGGAUGGACAAACCUGCAAACUGCACCCAUGAUUUGUACAUGAUCAUGCGGGAGUGCUGGCACGCCGUCCCCUCGCAGCGACCCACCUUCAAGCAGCUGGUGGAAGACCUGGACAGGGUCCUCACCGUGACAUCCACUGAUGAGUACCUGGACCUCUCGGUGCCCUUCGAGCAGUACUCGCCGGCCGGCCAGGACACCCACAGCACCUGCUCCUCAGGGGACGACUCGGUCUUUGCACAUGACCUGCUGCCCGAUGAGCCCUGCCUGCCCAAGCACCCGCCCUGCAACGGCGUCAUCCGGACGUGAGGACCCCCAGGGCACAGGGACAGACGGACAGACGGACGGACAGACGGGCAGUGUGCCCGUGGAGGCGCGGGUGUGGGGCGCCGGGCGUGAAACGUAGUGAAGGAUCUUCCAGUGGAACUCUGUGAUGGUGCCUGGAGAUUUGUGUUGUUGACAAGCUGUUCAGGGUAAAAACAAAACAAAACAAAACAAACAAAAAAAAAAAAAAAAAAGACUUUUUUUUAGAAUUUUUUUUUUAUAUUUUUUUUUCCUUAUUGCUGUAUGAAAAGUCAAGAAGCACUGUUUGGCCUGAAGGAACUAAUCUCUUGCCAAGAUGAUCUAUCCUAGAUGA